AUGGCUCAGAGUGACUUCCUCUACCCAGACAACCCGAAGAGGAGGCAGGAAGUAAACCGUCUUCACCAGCAACUCCUUGAUUGCUUAUCUGACAGCUUCCAUGCCACCAAUAAGCUGAUUGGGGUUCUAAAUAUGCACUUGGGGUGCAGGUUGGCCUCAAUUGAAAUGAAAAGACAUGGCACCAUCAAAGAAAACUGUGAUAUCAUCAUUCAGGCCAUGAUGAAAAUUCAAAAGGAACUGCGAAAAGUUGAUGAAGCACUAAAAGAAAAACUAGAGCCAACCCUUUACAGAAAACUUCAGGACAUUAAGGAAAGGGAGACAGAGAAAAUAGCAAUCGUACAAAAGGUUAUUUCAGUUAUCCUGGGAGAAGCCACUUCUGCAGCCAGUGCAGUGGCUGUUAAACUCAUAGGCUCAAACGUCACAACAGGCAUAAUUAACAAGUUGGUCACUGUUUUAGCUCAAAUUAGUGCUUCUCUCCUUGGUAGUAUUGCAGUUGCUGUUCUUGGCCUUGGCAUAGAUAUGAUCAUCCGUGCUAUCUUGGGAGCAGUGGAGAAAACGCAGCUUGAAGCAGCCAUCAGAAGUUAUGAGAAGCAUCUGGUAGAGUUCAAGUCAGCCUCAGAGAAAUACCAUCACGCCAUUACUGAGGUCACCAAUACAGUGAAACGCCAAAUGAAAUGA